AUGGCCUUACAAGUCUUGCAUGCUCAUCUAGGGUCUGCAUUCAGUACGAAUCCGCAGUCUUUCUCAUCGAUCGACGAGUUCCGGGCAUGGGUUUCUCGAAAGACAGGCAUCCAACCACCCAGCCAGAUCCUGCUGACUGAAGGAGGCAAGCCAGCGAAAUUGCAAACACUCCAUGUCGAAAACGAGAUUUUCCUAUACGAUCGUGGUAUCCUGACGUCCUCUACUUCUGCCUCUCGAUUACUCCCUCCCAGAACCUCCUUUGAACCAUAUACCACACCAGAUCCUCCUCAGUUUCGUGGAACUCAUGAGCUGAAAACUAUACAAGCGAUAUCGAAGGAGCGACGGGACUGGGCAUCAAAAGCCUUGAGCGACACUACUAGCUCCGUCGAGAGAAUAAAGCAAUUCGAUAUCGAAACGACAACUAUCGUGCGCGGUGUCACGAUCGCUGUAGACAAUGUGAGACGGCACAUGACAAAUAUUCGGCCUCGAUAUGAAGGAACGAAGGCUUGGGCAGAAAAGGUCUUGAGGGACCAAAAACGUUUGUUGGAAACUUGGCGGCCGGAUUACGAAGACUUGGGGAGUGUAAUAGUGAAUACAGAAUUCAAUCGCUGUCUAAGGGAUGGGAAGCAGGCGCUCCAGAGACGUCAAGAGAGAGGCUCUUCAGACUUGCUGCUCCAAGACUAUGUGGAUGGGAAGACGCUCGAAGCCGCUGGGGGGGCUGCAGAAGAUAUCUUGGGACAAUUUGCUGCUGACCUAAGCGAUCUGGAGGCCAUAUACACAUCAGUAGCGUCAGAAUCGCGGCAGAUAAUAGAUGCUUAUGAGAAUGUGUCGUCACUCUUGGACAGCGAAUUGGCUGAUCAGGCAGGCCGCCUGCAGGAGGAAGUCGAGGUUCUAUCAAAGAAAAUCGCUUCCGAUUGUCGAUACAUUGGUGAAAUGCCUGACGAUGCAAAGAACACCAGCCAAGCGAUUAAGACUUCGCAUAUGCAUGAGAACAAUUUCAUCCCUUCAAUUAUCCAGACUGUGGAUGAAAUCGCCGACCUCGGCCGGCAAGUCGUUCAGCGCCAAGAGGAAACAAUGCGUUCGUCUAUUCUCUCGAUGCAGAAGAUAUCAACCGUCGAAUUCGAAUUAGCCUCCAUUAACGACAAAUUUUCAAAGAUGGACAUGGAUGACAAGGCGCAGGAGACCUUCGACCUCCUAGAUUUCGUAUGCAAUUUACCCUCUAUGUAUGGCGCCUUUCUCAUCGAGUAUGUAAAGCGCUUUGAAUGGGCACAGAAAAUGCAGUCCGCGACCCUAGUAUCCCGCGACGAUUCAUCACCACAAAGAAAGGAAGAGACAAGACGGCGAAAGCAGUGGCAAAAGGACAAUGACUUCGCACUUCAAUUCAACCAAUUAGGGAACGUGGGCUUCACGAACGAAAAUAGUGCCACAUCAACAGAUUCUGGCAUGCCACUGGCUAGUCAGGCAGACAUAUCCAGCUUUCUUGAGCAGCUUGCUUCAGUCGAGAGCAUGAAAGAUGCUUUGACGAGUGUACGGGAAGCUGCAAAAUCAUUAGGCGCCCAGCAAAGAUCGAGAAGCCAGAAGCUGAAUACUUUUAAGAACGGCAGUCUGCAUGAAGCGUCCCGUGGUCGAGGUUCCGAAAUGCUUCUCAAUGGCAAACAAGACUUCGACGAGCUUCAGAAGGAGAAAAUGAGGGUCGAUGAUAAGCUGAAAAGCGCGGAAAGCCGCAUUCGAAAAUUAGAAGAUUUGUUGCACCGACAAAGUCAGUUUCAAAGGCCCACAAGCUCAGGUGGUUUCGUACCUGGUAAUUCACCGGCCUUUGAAAGGCAAUUGAAUUCGCCGCCCCCGAAUUACACGUCUGCUCUUUCAAAAGCGCGCGAAACUGGAUCUCGGAGGUCGUCAACUUCAUCGCGAAGAGUAUCGCAGAACCUAGAUUCAGAAGAAAAGACCCUUGCACAGCGGAUAGUAAGCUUAGAAACAGAUCUCACGGCCCAAAAAGCGCAAGUGAGCAAAGAUGCUUCUGCGCGGCUUAAAAUUGAAGAAGAUCUGAAAAGCCAGGUGAACGAGGCCAUAGCUAUUAAGGAGGACUUACUCAGCAAUAUGGAAUCUCAGCAGCACGAAUUUGAGAGCGAACGUCGCUAUCUCGAGCAAGAAAAUUCGAAGCUGACGAUCAGGCUUGAGGAGUUCGAAGACGAACUUGAGAGAAACAAUGAUCACACUACAAACUUACAGGCCCUUCAAGAAGACAUCGUGCGACUGCGACAAAGAAGCCACGAGCUUGAGGAAGCAAACCAAUUGCAAGUGCAGCAUCAAUUGGGGCUUGAGAACACGGUCAAUGAGCUUCACGAACAUAUCGACCAGCAGGAAAGGUCGCGAUCUCAACACUAUGAGGCUCUCCGUAGAGCUCUUAUCCACCUUUCUACCGAUUCAUCAAUUCCUACAGACCUCGACAAAAUGGUGGAGACCAUUGGAGGGAUCGCUCUAAAAUCAACAGAGCAACAAACUCAGCUUCGCAAUGCCAUUGAACGGCUUCAGGCAGAUAAUGCUUCUUUCGAAAAGCAUCUUCAAUCGCGUGGUAGCGAAAAUGAUGAUCUCACGGCGCGGCUCUCCCGCAAGCAGGCCGAGUUGGCGACAUUGACAGAUGAAGUUGCAACGAAGACUACGGAAAAUACCUCACUAGGACAACAACUUGAUUCCACUAUUGCGCAACGCAACGCGUCGAAAUCGAGGGCUAGCGCGUCUGAGAAGGAGAACGAGAGUAUAAAGCAGCAGCUAGCUGAGGAGAGAAAUGCUCAUGAAGACCUACGAAACAGAUUUGCCAACUUACAAGGCUACCAUGGUGAUUUGGACGAUCAAUUGCAGGACAAGGCCAGUGAAUUAGCACAAGUAAAGCAGAAAUACCAAACCGCUACCACUCAUAGCCAAGUACAAGCGGACAGAGCUGGUGAAGUGUCGAGACGUCUCCAAUUGCAGGUCGAGACGCAGAAAAAGUUGCUUGAGAUGGUCGGCUUGAUGAUCACUCGGCAGGACGAUAGUAUGGCUAUUCAAAGAAUGCCAAAAAUAGCAAAUUCCGCCAGCACUACGAUCACCGACCCCACGAUGUCGAUGAGACGAAGUUUGUCAGGGAAUCUGCCUACUAGAGCCGAUCUUGAAAGCACGCUUGACUCUGGUGCUCUAUACUGGGCCGAGGCAGAGUCUCCUGAGCAGGCUGCUACCCGCUAUGAGGAAUUCACAACGCUCAUCUCCGCAUUCGAUGUCGAUGUCUUCAAUGAGGCAAUCUACAAGCGGAUCAAGGACAUUGAACACAUUGCACGUAAGUGGCAGAGGGAAGCCAAGUCUCAUAGAGACAAAGCCCAACGAGCUCAAAGUGAUGCGCAUGACAAGAUAGCCCUUCGAUCUUUCAAAGAAGGAGAUCUGGCACUAUUCCUUCCCACCAGAGACCAGGCGACGAAGCCAUGGGCCGCUUUUAAUGUUGGCGCUCCGCACUACUUUUUGCGGGAACAGGACUCCCACAAGCUCGGAAAGAGGGAAUGGCUCAUCGCUCGGAUAUCCAAGAUCGAGGAGCGCGUAGUAGAUCUGUCCAAGUCCAUGAGUGGGCUGAAAGUCCCGGGCGAACGCUUAUCAUCCGCCAGCGGGGUUUCCAUUGACAAUGAAAACCCAUACGAGCUUUCUGAUGGUCUACGGUGGUACCUGGUCGAUGCAGCUGAGGAAAAGCCAGGAGCUCCGAUCAGUAUUGGAAUGGGAAAGGCCACCGUUGCAGUGUCCAAAGACGAGGAGCCGAUGAAAGCCAGCAUCGGUAUCAAAAAGCCAUCGGAUCGCAAUGAACACCAAUUCCCGGAAAAGCGUUGUGGCAAACACGUCGGCGCCAGGGGGCUUGAGACGAUGCUUAAGCGGACUGACUCGAAUAUCUCUCGAAACACGACCGAGAGGAGAUCUUUCGAGGUCCCUGACUCGGCGACUACGGAAGCGUCUCGGAUGCAGGAGAUUCAACCUGCUGAAAUCGCUUCACCAGAUGGAGUACGGAGUCUUCGUCGUCCAGAAAUACCAAUGAUGGCUGACAGCAGCUAG